CAGCUGACGUUGUUGUAUUCCAAUGUUUCUUUCUGUUACACAUGCAUUUUUUUUCAGGAUUUGACCCAUGAUUUGACCAGACUCAGCUGGCGCUGAGUUUACGUGAAACGUAGGCGAGGCGGGGUGACGCACAAACAACUACGUAUGUCUCAAUUCGUUGUGGUAUUUUGUGCAGAUAGCUAAAACACCCAGAAACGGAUGACCGCUAUCUUUUCAGAAUAAUCACCCCGAAAAGUGAAGAUAGAAUAAUACUACCCCUGAUGACAAAGACAUAUUAGAGGACUGCACAAAUGGCUAGCUGUGGCGAGGUUGACCACUCGGCGAGCCUGCUGGCCAGCAGAAAGGGCGGCAGUGAUUCGUUGCCGGGGUCGGGCGGCUCCUCUCCCUCCCUGCCUGUGCCGGAGUGUGCCAUCUGCCUGCAGAGCUGUGUGCACCCGGUGCGCCUGCCCUGCCGCCACAUCUUCUGCUUCCUCUGUGUGAAGGGCGCGUCCUGGCAGAGCAAGCGCUGUGCCCUGUGCAGACAGGAGGUGCCAGAAGACUUUCUGGAGCGGCCUACACUGCUGUCACCGGAAGAGCUAAAGGCCUCAGCGGCCGGCAAGGCACCAGGUGAGUAUGCCUGGUACUACGAGGGUCGAAAUGGAUGGUGGCAGUACGACGAGCGCACCAGCCGUGAGUUGGAGGACGCCUUUGCCAAGGGUAAGAAGACAGCAGAGAUGCUGAUCGCUGGGUUCUUGUAUGUGGCUGACCUGGAGAAUAUGGUGCAGUACCGGCGCAACGAGCACGGCCGUCGCCGUAAGAUGAAGCGUGACGUCGUAGACAUCCCCAAGAAGGGCGUUGCAGGGCUGAGGUUGGACUCGGACGCUGUGGCACAGCCAGUCGCCGCCUCUGCCGCAACAGGAGGGCGUGAGAGCUCGGCCGACGGAGCAGAUACUUCCGGAGUGCCAGGGACCAGCACCGCCGGUGCCACAGCAGCCCCUGUUUUGGUACCCCCUGGCCGACCACCUACCUCCCUUGGUGGCCAGCCCACGAGCCCCUCUGGCCACUCCUCCUCAUCAUCAGACGACGGCCUCUCAUUAGACAGGGCCUUCGUCCACCUCCGGAUUGGCCGUAGCCCGGCUCCAGAGAGAGGCGGUGUCCUGGAGGGGGAGGAAGACGAUGAUGAAGACGAUGAUGAAGAUGAGACCUCUCCCUCCCACAUGUCCUCUUCCCAUGAUACUGCGGUAGAUGAGUCCGUACCAGAGAGCAGCACUGAGGAUGAGGAGGAGGAUGAACAGAGGCCUCCUGAGGAGGACGAGGAGGAGGAGGAGGAGGAAGAUGCGGCAGCAUCCGCCAUGGUUGCGGCUUGGCCAAGGCAGAGACUUCACCGGCCCAGACCGAACCCUGAGGAGCGCUCUCCACCUGGAGGGGCAUCAUCGGCUGCCAGCGGUGGUAGUAGCUUGGGCUCCCGAAGGCCUGAUGGGCAGUGUACAGUGACUGAAGUGUAAGACUCUGGGGGGGGACCAAAGACCUCUUCACUGGAACUGAGCCUCUCAGUCAGCCCUUGCACUCGGUAUCACAGCAACUUCAGCAGCAGCAACUUCAGCAGCAGCAGCAGCAGCAGCAGCAGCAUCAACCAUCGUCCUGCCAGCCGAAGGGCCUUCCUGUUUUGGGUGUUAUUGGAUGAUGAGAACCCCUCCUUCUCCCGGAACCAGAUUUUCUUGUGUAGAUUCAAUUGUUUCUGGAGUUAAAAACCAUGAAUGUGAAUGAUGACCUAAAAUGUUUGUCAUAGAAUUAUUUUUUUCUUUUAUUAUUAUAAUUUGCGUUGUUCAUCAUGCCUAACACCUAAUGCCCCUGACAGAAGAAAAGGUCAUUUGGAUUCAUAAGCAAGGCCUUAAAAAAAGUGAGCGGGUAGCUUUUAACAAUUUUAACAGUGUGAUCUGUAAAGUGUUAUCCAGUUUUCAGCUUUUCUGAGCUUUUGAGGGAUCUAAAGUUAACACGCAUUGAACCCUUGGGCCGCAGUCCUGAUUUUAAACCGGUGUUUCAUAACCAUAGCAUGGUCUUGGAGUGUUGUGUUGACAUUUCAUCCGUGUGCUAGUCUAGCUCAUAACUUGUGCAUGUUAUAAGAGAGGGCUUCUAAACACUACUGGCAGGAUGGAAUUUAAUGUGUUUUUGUUUUUUUUAUUGUUGUUAUUAUUAUUAUGAUUUUUCAUUUGGUUGGGUUGGUUUGUUUGUCUCCUGCCCCUUUUGUUGUGAGUUUUUGUCUGAAAUGAAUGAUGUGGUGGUAUGAAAAGAUCAGCGUUAUCCGUUACAGUUUAUAUAUAUUAUUUUUUUUUUGUAUGUGUCACCGGUUCUCAAUAUUGUGACCCUUUGUUUUAGAUUUCCAUCUUGACUUAAAAAAAAACUAAAAGAAAUUAUAAUUUUUCUCUGUGAUUUUUGCUUUGUCGUAAUAUUUUGUUACAGGAUUUGUAAUUUAAUAAUAAAGUCUGUGUCAACUUAUCAUCCCAUA